AAUUAGGAAUUUUCUGAGAAGAAAAGAAGACACACAUACUGUAGAGAAAAAAGUGUGGAAGAUGACCAGACGCUGAUGGACAUUGGCGUGCAGCCUCAUGGGAUGGUCCAGUUUGAGAUGAGCUCACUAGACCCAGAGAAUUACCCCGUGAGACCAGUCAAACCACAGCAGGAGCACAACAUCCCAGAUGUCAUCGCUGUCAGGGUGCAAACAGACACAGACUCAGUCAGGAUGUGGUGUUGGAGAUCGAGAGAGCCAAUCGAGGGACGGCGUUUCUUGGAGGAUACUGUCAUUAUGUGACCAAGGCAGAGUAUCAUCAUGAUGCUGUCCAGACGAUGCCUAAGAAGAAGUCUGACAAGGGUGUUGAGAUGUUCAGCAGAGAUACACAGUUUCACAGACAGCUUGAGACAGGCUGAAGAGCAGCAUCUGGCAUGGGUAGAAAAUGAAAAGAGAAGGAAGAAAGAGGAGAAAGAGCAGCAGAUCAGAGAUGAAUAUCACUGCAGGAUGAAUCCGGAGUCAAAGGCAGACUUUGAUCUGCUUUAUAAUGCCUUGAAAAAAUGGAGGAUAGAGGAAGUGGAACACAUCAAUGUCACUUUAUCUGGUGCGGAGAGAAAGGCAGCGCUGUGCGCUCUACUGGAGCAAGAGACCCAGUUCAUCUCCUCCAUAGAACAGCACAGAAUGUGUGUAGGCACGAGGAACCGGGAUAAGGCCAUGCAAGCCUUCCUCAACAAGUGUGCCGAACCAAAGAAAUGGCGUGCAUUUGAUGGGAAGGUGACACAGAUGGACACGCAGUUCACCAUCAGAGCCAAGGAGCUGUGAGACCGGUACAGUUGCAUCACCCAGGCUUAGUUCACAAAGGACGAACGUCUGGAUGUGCUUCUCACUCUCAAACGCACCGUAAAGGAACAUAAAUGCAAGCUAACACAGGAUAUAGUGGACUUGAUUGACAGGGAGGUGGACCUGCUGAUGAGGGGCAUUCAAAAGUGCAACCUGGAGGGGUUGAAGAAGAGGAUAACCUCCCUCUUUCUCCAGUACAUCAAAACCCCUGCAUUCAACCCUCAGGUGUCCCGGUUUCUGUGGUUAUGUGGCAAAAACAGUGUUGUAGGUCGAGUGCCUCGGGAUCCUGCUGACCUGAAAAAGAACAUCUAUUUGUGUUGUGGCUGUAAUGAGUAUCAGUCAUCCACUGACUUUGCUCUGAAGACAGACGCAUCUUCGGCUGGCCUCUGUCACCGCUGUAUGAAUUUAGACAAUGAGGCUCGUCGAAGAGAAGACUUCUCUCUUUACAAGAACAUUCUCAUGUGCUUGCAGGAAUCUGAGGCCGAGUGCAGCCCAGAACCCAAAAUCACUUACCUGCUGCAGGAGCAGGACCUGCGGUACCUGGUGGAUUUGUUGUGGGGGGCUCAGUCGGCUUUGAGCAGCUGGAAAGACCUUCAUGAUUUACUGCUGGUCUGGUGGGAGAAGCAUUUGGACUGGAGCCCAUGGAACUGCAUCCUACUUACAAAGUAUGAGGCGGCUGCACAUCUCAAACUGGAGAACAUCGAGAAGGCAUAUGAUGUGGUAGUCAUCCGUAAUGUCAAGCAGAAACACACAUUGGCUAGGAACUACUUCUCCCAGAUUCCUGCGAUGGCUGAAUGUUUGCACGACGCAGAGAUUCAGCCUUCUGCCCUCAGCAACCUGCUGGCCUCCAAACCCAUCACCAAUCGCUAAGAGACUAUCCACAAUCCUGCGGGGCGCUCAGGGACAUCUGCAGCUUCACUAUUUGUGGGCAGUAAAGUAUAGAAAUCUAAAACCUUCUUAAGAAUUCUUCUUCAAGAUCAUUUCUCGAAUUUGAAUAUCUUAUGUUAAUUUAAACCAUGAGUAGCGGGGCCGUUUUUUCGUCUCUACUCCAUUGCACUGUGCAAUUUGCCCUGAUCAUUAAAAGUCUUUCACUUCUCGCUGCUCUGUUUUCCAUUCAUUAGGAUCAUUCAUUAAUGCUAAUUACUUAUUAUUUGGCAGUAAUUGAGAAAGAAGUUUUCCUUUUAUUUUCAACUUCAUUGGUAUUUUGUAAAAUAAUAAUUGGUAAAAAGAGCAGCAAAACUACAAUCCUGUGAAAAAUGCGGCAUUACCAUGUUAUGAGUCUUGAGUACAAAGUAAGCUGCAUAAAAAAAUAGAGAUUAGAAUGACAAAAAAGUAGAUUAUCCCUCCAUGAUUGCUCCAUACAAGAAUGUAUUACAAAGUUAUUUCCGGGAACACUUCGGGAGCCUGAAAAGCACAAGUUGAAGAGGUUUUAAUUAGACCUUUGCAAAUGAUAUAUAGCCUAGAUCUAAUCAGGAGGUGAGCAAUCUACGAUCUGCAAUUAUAGAAAAAGGUCAAGAACCUCCUCCUGUGUCUCCUUUUGAACAAAUGUGAAUGAAACCACCAGCACCACAGGACUCCAUUAGGUAAGUUUAUAAGCUGUGCUUAAUAAAAUGGGUUUUAUUAGAGAUUUGGCUUGUCAUCAUAUUCCUUGGCACAUGCCCUAUCACUAUCAUUCUGUGAUCAUGUAAGAAACAUUAAUGACACUUAGUUGAUCUUCAAAAACGAUUGAACAUGAUAACAAAAAACAGCUAAUAGGGUGGAGGACAUUUGAAAAACAAGUUAUGUUACAAAGGAUUAAACUGUGAAUUUAUUAGGUGUUGAUGGUAGAACAGAUGCAGAUGCUUUUUGUUGAAUAUAAGAGGAACUUCAGCAUUUUUAUAAGAAUUAAAUAAGAAAAAGUGUUUGUGGGUUCCAGGGUCUUUAAAAACUGUAAUGUCUACUACUGUAAUCCUUUAAAUCGGUAACAAAGAAAACACUUCUGUUUGCUGAAAUGAAGGUAUUAUGAAAAACUUGUUGGGCCCUGAGAGCAACAUUUUUUUAAGGUUAUUGUUUGAUCUAACUGUUUGUGUAUGUAUGAAUAAAGUAAGUCAAAGGUAAGUCGAGAUUUUCUCCAUUAUUGUUCCCACCAGUAUUGUGCAAUCUUUUGUAAUCUUUGGACGCUGGAAAAUGCUUUGACGUUUAUAAUGCUCAUAUUGAUAACUAAUUUGUGGAGUUUUAUGUAAUCUCUGAUAGAGCUGUUCUGUUUGUUCCUUGAGAGAGCUUGAGGAUUGCGAUUAAUGUGUAAUAGAGCAGACAAGAUGAAGCUAGUGUUCCGUCCAAGUUAUCCAAUGAUAUUUCAAGGAAACACCAUUCUGCAUUUCAAAUCCUUGGUAAUCCUGACUGUGAAAUGAUGACUGUAAAGGGAGGUCAUGAAGAUAUAACUUCAACAGCAUCAACUAACCUCAACGUCUUCGGACGGAUUUGACAUUACAGUCGGUCAUAGGCCAGCUCUUUGUGACUUUUUCCAUUGGAUUCACAAUUUUCCAUUGCCACAUUUUAUGAUUCACAAAGUUAUGGAAGCCUUUUUUGUCUCAGGAAAAAAUAAAAGUCACUAGUGAGAUACAGAUAAAAAUAAGAAAUAGUCAAAAAUUAGGUAAAAAAAAAAAAAAACAAUAGGACGAAAUGAAUUUGCAGUUACGGGAUAAAGUCACAAUUUUGAAAUGUAGAGUAGAAAUUACAAGAAAUAAAUUAAGUUUUUUCUAAUAUAUACUGUAGUAACAAUUACAAAAAAAAAGUUGGAAUUGUUUCGAAUUAAAUAAUUGUGUGAUGUAAAGUUCCAGUUACAAAACCGUUACAAUUAUGAAAUAUAAAUUUGCAAUUGCAUGAGUGUAGUGUAGUGACAAUUUUUUAGUAUAGUAGAAAAUACAAUAAUUUUUCAUCGCAAAAAUUAAAGUCUCAAUUGUGGAAUGGAAAGUUGCAAUUGUAAAAUUCAAAGGCAUGAUUAUGAGAAAUAAUAAAUUUUAUGAAAAAAAGUGUUUGGAAUAAAAUAACAUUUGUGAGAUGUGAAGCUGUGAUUAUGAGAGAGUUGCAAUUACAAGAUAUAAAUUUGUAAUUAUGUGAAAAAUGGCAGUUGUGGGAUAAAAUCAUAAUUUUGAAAUGUAAAGUAGCGAACACAAGAACUAAAUUUGCAAUUAUGAAAAAUAAAGUCACAAAAAAAAUUAAGUCAGAAUUGUUUAGAAUUAAAUAACAAUAGUGCGAUGUGAGAGUCACAAUUACAAGAUAUUCGCAAUUGUGACCCUGGAGCACAAAACCAGUCUUAAAGGGAUACUCCACCCCAAAAUGAAAUUUUUGUCAUGAAUCACUUACCCCCAUGUCGUUCCAAACCCGUAA